AUGAGCUGGAAGGGUCUCACUAAGAGCGUCACUCGGGCGCCGCAGACGUUCAAGCAACGCUUCAAUAUCGGCGAGAUCACAAAGGACGCUGUCUACUUAGAUGCCGAGCGACGUUUUGAGGAGCUGGAGAAGGAGACCAAAAAGCUUCAUGAAGAAUCUAAGAAGUACUUCCAAGCCAUAAAUGGCAUGCUCACCCACCAGAUCGAGUUCUCCAAAGCCAUCGCCGAAAUAUAUAAGCCCAUAUCGGGGCGUAUGUCCGACCCCGACUCGUUUCACGAUGAAGGAAACCAGGCAGGCAUCCAAGCAUGUGAAGAAUACGAGGGCAUUGUUGGGGAACUGCAGGAAACGCUGAAACCGGAGCUGGAAAUGAUCGAAACGCGCGUCAUCAAGCCUGCGGACCAAUUAUUAGAGAUUAUCAAGGCAGUACGGAAAGUGGCUUUGAAGCGCGAUCACAAACAGCUCGACUACGACCGCCACCGAGCGGCGCUCAAGAAGCUCGAAGAAAAGAAGGACAAGACACUCAAGGACGAGAAGGCAAUGUACCGUGCCGAGGCGGACGUCGAGCAAGCUACGCAGGAUUACAACUACUUCAACGAUCUUUUGAAGGACGAGCUACCAAAGCUUUUCAAACUGGAACGGGAAUUCAUUCAACCACUUUUCCAGUCUUUCUAUUACAUGCAGCUCAACGUAUUCUACACCCUCCACGAGCGCAUGCAAAAUAUCGACAUCGGCUAUUUCGACCUCACUCUCGACAUCGAAGCCGCAUACGAGAAGAAGCGCGGUGACGUACAAGCGCAAGCAGAAGCGAUUUCCAUGGUCAAAUUCAAGACGACCGGCGGCCGCAAACCGGGCCAGGGGUCAAAGUAUGCUUCGAAAGCGCUGGAAGCCAAAUCAGAACGAAGAUCCACGAUCUCAGACGGAACGGACACGCCGCCUCCACCCUAUAGUCCUACGCCAGGAGCCGGCGCGAUCGCAAGUCCGCCGGGAUCCGCAACAAGUUGGGGAUCGGCCGCUAAAUCCAAGGGCGCAGCACCACCCCCACCGAAACCCAAACCAUCGAGGCUCAGCGGCGUGCCGGCCGCGAGGACCUGCACUGCGCUCUACGACUAUGAGGCGCAGGCCGAGGGCGACCUUUCAUUUAUCACAGGCGAUGUUAUCGAGCUUAUUACGUGGACGGAGAAUGCAAAUGAGUGGUGGAUUGGCAAAGUCCGAGGCAAGCAGGGACAGUUUCCAGGUAUGCAUACAUAUCAUUGCAGAAAGGGGAUCACGAGCUAA